AUGGUCCACAUCGCACUCGCGGGCGGCUACGGCGGCCUCGGCCAAGAGAUCCUCGACGCGCUCAUCCAAACCGGAAAGCACAACAUCACCAUUCUGUCUCGUCGGGACCGCCCCGCCGAAGAAACCCGCCCAGAAAUCCACUGGACGAAGAUCGACUACGCCGACAAACCGCAGCUCGUCCAAGCCCUCCACGGCGUGCACACCGUGCUCUCGUUCAUCGUCGUCGCGCAGGACCGCGGCAACGCCUCCCAGCGGACCCUGAUCGACGCGUGCGUGGACGCGGGCGUGAAGCGCUUUGCGCCGAGUGAGUGGGCUGGCGCCAACACAGACGGUCUCCCCUGGUAUGCGGGCAAAACCGCCAUACACCGAUACCUCCAGGAGCUGAACCGGGAGAAGGAAGUCCUGGAAUACUGCUGCUUCCGCCCCGGAAUGCUGAUGAACUACCUCGCCUACCCACUCCCAACCACCCAGCACGUCGAGAUCUGGGGCAUCCACGUGGACAUGCAGAACAAGCGAGCAAUAUUGCUAGCCGACGCAAGAAACCCGGGGUAUUUGGGCCUGACGACGGUCGAAGAUGUCGCGAAUGUGGUGGUCCGCGCGGUGGAGUAUCCCGGGAAAUGGCCGGAGGUGGGCGGGAUGAGGGGACAGGAGAUCUCGAUGGGGGAGUUGAUUGCGUUGGGGGAGGAGAUAAGAGGGGCCACGUUUUCCGUCGAAACCAUCAAGGCAGGCCAGGCCCGACUGGGCCGGUUGACGGCCUCGUGGCAUCCGGUUAUGCAGCACUCGACCAUCCCCGAGGAGGUGCGGGCCGCGUCCGCGAAGAUCUUCACGGCCAAGACGGUCGCGUCCAUUUACCAGGGGACGUGGAGGGUGUCGGAUGAGUGGAAUCGGUUGUUGCCUGAUUAUCGGUUUACGGGGGUGGAGGAGUUCUUGCGGAAGUGGUGGACGGAGUGA